AUGACAAGCAACAGCCACAACAGCGCCGAAGAAAUUCUCCUUCGCAAACCACAAAAUAUUGCGAUUCACACCAACCCGCAACAUGAGUUGGAUGUUGUCGAAGCGGAGAUGCCACAGCCUGGUCCCCAGGAGUGUUUGGUUCAUGUUCGAGCGACAGGCAUCUGUGGCUCCGAUGUGCAUUUUUGGAAACAUGGGAGGAUUGGCAGUUCAGUCAUCUGUGCAUCACAAGGCCUGGGCCACGAGUCUGCAGGUGAGAUUGUGAAGAUUGGAGAGAAUGUGCACGGUUUCAAAGUUGGAGAUCGAGUUGCUUUGGAAUGCGGCAUUCCAUGCUCCAAGCCUUCGUGUGAGGCUUGCCGAACUGGUCAAUAUCAUGCUUGUCCAGCAAAGGUCUUCUACUCGUCUCCACCGAUACACGGCACACUUCGCAGGUAUCAUGUCCAUCCAGAGGCUUGGCUGCAUAGACUGCCCGACUCGUUGACCUUUGAGGAGGGCGCUCUGCUGGAGCCUCUUAGUGUGGCUCUGGCGGGCAUUGAUCGUUCCGGAUUGCGGAUUGGGGAUAAGCUGGCCAUAUGUGGCGCGGGGCCGAUCGGACUCAUUGCACUGCUGAGUGCUCACGCUGCGGGUGCUGCACCAAUUGUGAUCACGGAUAUUGACGAGAGCCGCCUUGCUUUUGCCAGAUCACUAGUGCCGCGUGUGCGAACCGUGCACGUCCAGAAAGGCGAGGAUCCCAAGACCGUGGGCGACAAUAUCAAAAAGGCACUCGGCCAAGAAGCCAAGUUGGUAAUCGAGUGCACGGGCGUGGAGAGCUCGAUACAUUCUGGCAUAUAUGCGACCAAGUUUGGCGGCACCGUGUUUAUUAUUGGCGUCGGGCAGGACUUCCAGCAGAUCCCUUUCAUGUAUGCCAGUUUUCGCGAGAUCGAUAUCAGAUUCCAGUACCAGUAUCGGGAAACAUAUCCGAAGGCGAUUAUGCUAGUGGCGGAAGGGCUCAUCAAUCUGAAACCCCUCGUAACGCAUCGUUACCGGCUGGAGGAUGCCCGGGACGCGUUCUUCACAGCAAGUACGCCUGCAGCAAAGGCAGUCAAAGUUCAGCUGCUUGAUGAUUGAGCAUCCGUAGCGGGCCCAGGCGUUCCAGCUGUUGAUUCUUCGCUCUCUACGCUGUUCGGCCUCGGGCGUACUGCUAGUCUUGUAUCUGCAUUGCCAGACGCAUCCACAGGUGUCUGGAUGCCUUCACACAUAAGACUCGAAACAGUAGAGUACCCUGAUGGCCGCUUGCCAUGCGCCUUUGCCAAAGUUUCCCGACCCCAUAUGUCAGCCUAAACUCCUGUCAGCAUUUCGAUCAUCAUCGGUGUAAUCACGGGGAGCCUGACCGCAAGAAGUCAGGAUUCAUCUUCGUCGUUCACUAGGUCUGAGAUCCGAAUUUUGCUCCGCACUCCGGGCAUUUCUUGAGGUGCCCAGCCCUCGAUAGCGCCGACGCUUUGCUUCAGGCUGAAGUUGGGGAUCGCAUCAUCGUCUUCCAGAAGACGAUCAGUGCCACUACCAACUGCCAUGAUCCUGUCUGACCAUCGCAUGAGGCGCUUUACCAGAUCUGGAAACCCAAGCUUCUUCAUGCCCCCGCGCAUAUCGAUCAUCCGGCGUUGUGCAGGUCGAUGGAUGUGACUUGAUGCAAACUUGUCGCCGUACAUGUGCUCGUGGAGAGCAAUACGUCCCACGGCUAGAAUCAAGCCAUCCGAGCAGUUCCUCUUCGAGUCUCCCAGUGCGGUGUUAAUGGCCUUGAUGGCCUCGGCUCGUAGCCAGUACAUGAUUUCCGAUCCCAACGCGCCGAGUCUAAUCAUGUCACCAGAGCCGAAUAGGAGACGUACAUAGAAUAGAGCCGGUUCUGCCAAAGCAGUCUGGGUCAUGAACCAUUCCCACUUGACACCUUCUUGCUCCGUGAUCUUCAGCGCAGGCCAGCCUCGCGGGGCAUACACCGUCAUCAUGUGGUACAGAAUUUUGUCGUACCAAGGCUUGUACUCGACUGGGUAGUUGUUGAACGGAUCCAUCUGAUGCGAGGAUGCACCUGCUGUGGGCGAUGUUGGUGGCGUGAUCAAUGCCAUUUCGCCCGUGAAGGUCGACAUGGGCUUUUCCGAGCCAUCUGCCAUGCGUUUCCGCCGUGGAGGCACCACAGCUGUUCCACACUGUGGUUGACAAGUCGAGCAUUGGCAUGUAGCGCCCGUGGUUUGGACGUGGUGAACGUCUGGAGACAACGGCAGGUUGGCGGAAAAUUUGCGGUACAGCUCUAUCGACGACCCGAUGGACUUCUGCUCAAUGGCAUGAUCGAGCUGCGCAGAGAAGUCGCCGACUGUCGAGCUUGUGGUCGGCACAAACGUCUGAGCAUCAGGAUUCAGAGCAUAUGCUGCUGUGCUCGAGGCAGGCGUGGCUCGAAAGGGCCCAUGUGCCUUGGCUCUCUUAGGGGCAGAACCUGCUGAGGGCGGCGUCUCUUGCUGCUGGACGAUUCGAAAGGGCUGAGGAGGGCUCUUGGGCUUUCUCCUUGACGGCGCCGCCGGCUGGUCGUCGAGCAAGAAAGCACCUUGUCCACUGCUGCCGCUGCUUUCCAGCUGAUCGAAGAUCUUCUUGCGCCGCUCGGGCCACGACUUGAGCGCGGCCACGGACCGCACGCGCUUCUUGUUGGCGGCAUUGCUGGCACUGUUGGGGUCACUAGUGGUGACGAUGAAGUCAAUCUGCUUUUUCUUCACCGGCCGCUUCGCUGCUGCAGCAUUGUUGCCGUCGCUCAUGUCGCGCUACCUCGCCGACUGUGAGGUGCUGGGCAGACGGACGGUAUCGCACAUGCCGCUGCUUCCAGAGAUCGAAUGGUGAGGGGUGGUGUCGUCAACGACGACGAGGACGACGAUGCUGCUGCUUGCUUGCUACCUCCUGCUGCUGG